CCCAAACUGACACAAAUUUUGAGAGAGAUUAAUAUUUUCCCUUUUCUUUUUCAUAAAGUUUAAAUAAACAAACACCACCACCUAAUUCUGGGCUCCAGCUCUCUCUCUCUCCACUCCUCCCUCUUCCCCUCUUUCCAUAGGUCCAAACACUGUAUCUCUCAGUUUCUAUGUGUUGGUACUUGGUAGCUUUGUUAUAAGGUUAUACUUCUCUUGUAAAGCAAUCAAGCAAAUGUCUUAACCCUUCACAGGAAAAAAAAAAAAAAAAAUCCCAAGUUCUGAUCUUGUUUCAUCAAUUUUUUUUUUCCCUUCUGGAGUGGCAAAAUGGCAACGGCACACACCUCCCAUUUUAACACAGACCACCAUUUAAGCCGUUGCAGCAGUGACUUGUCGUUCUCUGGAGAGUUUGGUGCCCACAGGGACUCUUCAGCGUCAGAUUGCUUGUCAGAGGUGGACUUGGAGAGUGGGGUUUUGGAGGGGAAACUGCAUUUGGAUGGUAAAACUAGGAGAGAUUGUAGAAUUUGCCAUUUGGGUUUGGAGAGUAAUGGGCCAGAGAACGGGGCAGCCAUUGACUUGGGGUGUUCCUGUAAGGGUGAUUUGGGUGGUGCACAUAAGAAGUGUGCAGAGACUUGGUUCAAGAUCAAGGGUAACAUGAUAUGCGAGAUAUGCGGUGUCACUGCACUCAAUGUUACUGGUGAACAGGCAAAUGAGGCACACAGGGAUACUGCCCCUGUUUCAUUAGCACCAACGGCACCUCAAAUCCUGGUGGAAACUCGAACAUUCUGGCAUAGUCGACGCGUGAUGAAUUUCUUGCUUGCCUGCAUGGUCUUUGCAUUUGUCAUUUCUUGGCUCUUCCACUUUAAAGUCCUUUCAUGAGUCGAACCAAGAGAAAGUAGCCCAGUGGAUAAGGGGUCACCUCCAAAUCUAUCAAAGUGGUUGUUUUGUUGCCUUGUACCUACCUAUCCUUACUCACACUUAACAUUUCUUGCUAAGAGGUGGUUCCACAGUAGCACGUAAUCAUAUGUACUUGUUAAUAUGCAUGUUUUAUCAAAUGUAUUAUUGUAUAAAAAAUCUGGUUUCUCCCUUGUAAAAUUGUUUGAGCUGCCCCUGUUAGUAAGAAAGAAAUUGGUCUUGUGACCCUGUUUAGGAACCCGUGUCAGUCAGCUAUUCAAGAACCAAUUUGCCCCUUUCUGGAGGACGAGGGAGUUUCUCGCUACCACAGGCAAAAAUGGGAGCCAACUGGUUGUUCUACUUUAUUGAAGGCAGUCUGAGAUGUCAUCUAUGGCCAUGCUUGUAACAUCAAUAAUUUGGACCACUGUAAUUAAAAGAAAUGCCUGUUUCUGCUUA